AUGAACAGCAUCAUGGCAGGAGCCCAGCAAGUUUAUCCGUUCGAGCAAUGGACCAACUUCAACCUUCAAGCCGCUUAGUAAGUUAAAUCUAGGAUUUUAGGACAAGAAUCAGUUACCUUAGGCGAAAAGAAAGACAGUUACUGUAUCUCCAGUUGAUUAUCUUCAAUUCUGUUCUUUUUGAGACGCUUAACGAUUUCCUAGAUCACAACGUGUGUGGCGGCGUGUUCCUUUCACGUUUCUCCAUGCCACGUCACAUGAGCUCGUCGACAGAUGGUCCAAAGUGUCGGCGGGUCAUUAGACGGUUCCGUAUGCCACGUCAUAAUAGCCACGUGCCUCUUUUCAGCGCCGGAGUCUAUCCACCACCGUACGAAUUCAAUAGAUCGCCGCAAACGAGUUCAGGAUCCGAUGAGUCGAUGAACAAUGAGAACCGAGUUGAUCCGAAAAACUCGCCAAAGUAAGUUGGAAGUAGGAUUAGAAGUCGGUUGGGAAGAUGGGAAUUUCGGGGGGCUGGGGUGGGUUUAGGGGUCACAUUAUUUUCAGAUGUUGCCGCUUUCGCUUCCGCUUCCGCUUCCGCAGCAGCAGACGACAGCCAAGCAGAAGAGUCCACGUUAAUGUCCACGUCAUCUGUGCACAACGAACGACAACGACGGCGUCGAACGGAUUCUCCACGAACUACAGUCAUUUAGAUUUUCUCGUUUAGAUAUCGUGAAAAGCGGAUGAAGAACAACGAAGCGGCGAAAAAGUCGCGACUGGUCAGAAAGCAGAGAGAGGAAACCCACCAGAAGGAGAAUGUGCAGCUGAAGGAGAAGAACGUGUUUCUGGAGAAACAGAACGAGACGUUGCGCAUGCAACUGAUGCAACUGGAGAAGACGAUCCGAGAUCUGACCACUGUACGACGCCUUUGAAUCUCCUUUCGAAUCUCAAAGCAUUCUUUCAGGAGCGUGAGAUUAACAGAAGACGGCUCGAAGUCUUGGAAGCAGCUCAGCGAGGAGAGAUGAUCGAUGCGAAGUACCCGCUGGGAGACAUCACCAACCACAUGUACAGCAACAACCCCAACAAGAACUACCAAACUCUCUGA